CUUGUUAGUGUUGUUAGCAAAAUAAAUAGGUAUAAUUUUCAAAUUUAUUUUGUUUUAGUUAAAAUAUAAAUUUAAAUAAGUACUUACAAAUUAUAAUUAAGUGCAAAGUUGUUUUAUCCAUCAUAACUAUAAAAUAAAAUCCGUAAAAAAUUAGUUAAUAAUAUGGUGAGUAAAAAUCCAUCUACCUAUGUGAAUAUUAAAGUUAUUAAAUUGAUUAUUAUUUUCAAUAACUAUAAUAUUGUUAUUGUGUGAUUUUUUUGUUAGUCCGGAAACAAUGAUGAAGUAUUCCACCGUACUGGUUCAUUUCGCCGUGUCAUACCUCCUGGAAAUGAUACGACCGGUAUAAGUGGUAUUCCAGUAAAAUCAAACAACAGAAAUAACUCUUAUAUAAAUGCAAAUUAUAUUCCUUUUUUUCUUGAGUAUACGCUAAUGUCUGAAUUGUGAGUAGGUACUUAUACAUUAUUAUGAACGAAUCAAUUUGAUUUAAAUAAUACACUUAUUAUGUAUGUUCUUAAAUUUAUUAAAACAAAGAAAAAUAAAUACAUUUUAUCAUUAUUUGGCAUUGUAUUUUAGAACAUAAUUUUUACCAAAUAAAUAGGUAUACCUAAUAAAAUAUAGCUUAUAAUGCAUAUAUACCUACUACAUAUAUCUUUUCAAUUUUUAUAAAAUCUGGUUUUUAAGUUAAAUUAAUUUUGUUUCAGUAAUAUUUUGAGUAAAAAAUUAUUACCUGGAGUCUAUGUUAUACCAGCUGCUAAAACUCCAUUCAGUAAGUACAUACUAAAACUCUACGUCUUGUGUUCUUGUGUCAUCAUAUUGUGUUUUGUUUUAGUAUGGUUUGGAGUAAUUUUUCCGAGAUAUGGACUUUAUAAAAAUGGAGCCUUCCGCUUUCUUUUACAUAUUGAUAGCAAUUGGCCAGAUUGUGAAUGUCCCAAAGUGAUCAUAGAAACACCUAUUUUUCACCCACUGGUUGAUCCAGUUUCUGGAGAAAUGAGUAUUCAACAUCAUUUUCCAGAAUGGAAAAAAGGAGUUAGUCGUAUUUGGCAUGUAAUUGAUCAUGUAUUGAAGUCCUUUUAUGACAUAUCCAGUACUAAAACUCCAGCAAAUCCAGAAGCUGCUAAUCUGUAGAUAUAUAUUUUAUAUUAAUAAAAUAGUUAUUACAAUUUUAGUUGCCUAAUCAUUUUUAUUAUAGAUUUAAAACAGAUAAAGACAAUUAUAUUAAGAAAUGUGAAGAUUGUGUUAAACAGAGUCAAAUUGAAAUAUACAAUCAACCAAAUAAUCCUGAAAAUGAUGAUCCAAAUUAUUUGCAUUUUGAUCAUUAUAAUGAAGAAACUCAUGGAUCAAUUAGACGUACAUGGCUUCAACAAAAAGUAUUUUUUAAUAUAAAUAUUAAACAUGUAAUACUACUUAGAAUCAUAAAUAGUAUUUUUGAAUAAUGGGUAACUUUCAUUUUUUUUUUUUUUUUUUUUAAAGAUUUAAUUUAAUUUGUAAAUAAAGUAAUUGUGUAAUUUAUAUUUCAAAAUAGUUAUUGUUAUAUUCAUCUACAUUAAUUUAUUUACUAUGGUAUCAAUUAUUACAAAAACAGAUAGCAUAGGAUAACCAUAGAAUAGAAAAAUGCAAUUUUAAAAUACUCAUUUUUCAUUUCAUAAUGUUCUUAAGACUUAAUUUCCAACUAUGUAUCAAUACAUAUAAUGUAUUUAUUAUUUAUUUUUAAAAAUUUUUUAAAUAACUAUGGGUAAAUUAAAUCAAAAAUGAAUAGAGUUUUUUUUUUUUUUUAAAUAUGGUCACCUAUGCAUAAUUUAAUUUUCAAAUGUAUGUUUUAUGUAGUGAGAAUUAAAUUUAAAACUUAACUAGUUUAAUAGUAGUAAUUUGCUGUUUAUCUAUCACACACUUAACAUAAUAGCAAUUAGUUUUAUGGUAUUUCUAAAGUACAAAUCUUCCAAUAAUGCAAUAAGUGUUAAAUAAAUAAAUUUGAUUUAGUCAUUUAGAGAUCAGAGAUAUGAAAUACCUAAAACUUAAUUGAUUUAUUUUGUUAAUGAUGGUUAAAGAAAGCAUUUUACUACUUUUAACACUUCUUAUUAAAGUUAUUUUUUUCAAAAUUUAUAAAUAACAAAAUUAUUAAAAAGAUAUUUAAUAUUAUUGUCUUCAAAAUUAUGAUAGUUAAUAACAUUUAGUUGGUAUACCAAUUAUAUUGUCUUUUACAGGAAUGUGACAAUAGAAUUCAACCUUUAUCAUGGGUACAGCCUGGAUCAUUAGAACCAUUUUCAAGGCCACAUACUUGACAUUUAUUUAACAAAUCAAAUAAUAAUAUUAAUAAGAUAUUAAAAUUUGAUAGAUAUAAUUAUUUUUUUAGCAAAUCAAUUUUAUCAUUUUGAAUUAUUUAGACUAUUAAUUAUUUAAUAACUUAUUUGUUUUAAUUAGGUAUUUUUAAAACUUAAACCUACAACAGUGAUACUUUAACCUAAUACAGUGGCGCACAGAAUAUUUUUGAAAACACACGCAGUUCAUAAAAAUAUCCACCCAUCCACCCUUUUGUCUCUUUUGAAGCUUCCUUGUUAAGUUUUUUUUGACACCAAUACACUAGUAAUCUUUACCCAUCUCACUUAAAAUUAUAUUCAGCUGCAUUUCUCGAUAACUUAUCUGUGCUCAAGUGACGUUAUAACUUAAAAAAAAAAAUUGUAAAUUAUCAAUGUCUUCCAUAUAUUAUAUUAAAUUUUUGUGUAGAAAACCAUUUCCCAACCUAUGGGUCACUUGCAACAUUUAUAUAAAAGUUAUGUUAAUUAAUGUUAAGGUUUUUAAAUAUUUCAUUAUAUAUUGUUAUUUGAAUUUUAAUGUAUGCAUGUCAUUUUAUAUUGUUACACAAGUCGAAAUACCAAUUGAGAUUAUAAUUAUUAAUAAAAUA